AUGUACAAGGCAGCUGAUCCAUCCUGCAAACCCAAAACCCACAUCGUGAUCAUUCAUCAACUUGCACAAGUGAUCGCCGCCCCCAGGACAAAUGCACCAGGAACCAAAUCAUGGCAAUCGAUAGGCAGUCCGAGCCUCCCCGUGCCCAGGAGCCGGCAGGAGGUAGCAGGGCGACGGCAGCAAAUCCAGCAGAUCCAGGUAGCGCAGCCCUCAGCCCUGCAGACCUGGGCGGCCACAAAUGUCGCCCCAACGCCCGGCCCCGGUCACAAUCCCGAGAUUGGAGAUCGGAACCGAGCGGGGAAACACAUUCACCAGAGCCCCCGGCGUCAAGUGCAGGGCCACCAGGUCUUCGAGGUCGGGGUGGGGGGAGCUGGAAAACGGAGAGGGAGGAAGGGAGCGAGGGAUCCCACCCCGGCUUUGUUGCUGGUCACCAUCAAUUUGGGGCUCCCCAGGCGGCCAAGAGCCGCCCGCCGGCGUGAGGGCUCUGUUGUUGUUUUCCUCAGGCUGCUCCUGCCCGCGCCGCGGCUCCCGUGCCCCUCUCGGGCGGCGCUGCCUGUGUGCCGAGAGGUGCUGGUUGCAAACGCAGCCUGGCACCGGCUGGCCUACUACUCCCCAGCCCGGCCCCCAGCCUCCCGCCCGCAGGGCACUGCCUUCGCGCCCCCCGCUCGCCGCCGGCGCGGCCGCGGCGACCCUCGCCCCCGACCUCUCACGACCCAAAGUUUUGGCGGAGGGGUAAAGUGCCCGGGGAGCGGGCCGGCUGGCGGCGGCUCCGGACGCGCGGGGUUCCCUCCGUCUUCCUCAAGUCCAGCCUACCGGCUGCCGCCACAGCCGCCGCCGCCGCUGCUCCUGCCGCGGAGUCCUUGGGGCUGCAGCCCGGCGGCUCUCAAGUACCUCUGCCCACCGUUCCCUCCGUGGGAGCUGUUCCAGGGACGCAGCUUGAGUGAGCAAGGUGUUGUUGAGACCAUCGCCACUGAACACGUGACUGAACCCGGUAAGGCCUCUGUAUAAACUUUUAAGAUUCUGGCG